CAACUAAACUAUCCCUAAACUUUCCGUCCGUACCGUAUGCUUUUUUUCUCUGGCUGACUGUUUUUCGUAAUCGGUCUUCGGUAGUACAAAAUUAGGGCAGCUCUCCGCCUGGUUUUUCCAUUUUCAAUUCCAAUUCCAAGUUCCUGACUUACUGACUCGAUCCCCUGUGAUCCGAUCACAUCUCAGACGAUGAAGCAUGGUCUCGAGGUCUUCGAUUUCAGCGAAGGGGACGAGCCGCCGGAACACGCCGCCGGUGAACACAUUAAAUUAAAAAAUCCUGACGUCGGCGAUUCCGGCAUUCUGAAACACGAAUUUCUUGCUGCGCAAAGUUCCGCUGUGCGGAGAACAGAAAUUAAUGAUGUGCCUCGUGUGGACAUUGAUGCAAGUGAUUGUGGUGAUCAUAAUGGUGAUGAAGCUGCUCCAUCUGUGCAACCAAAUGCAGGGGAAGAAGGUGGCUCUAAGGAAAGAGAACCUGGGUUGCCUCUUUUUUUGCAGUCAAAGUCUACAAGUUAUGAGCUACAAGCUGAUUUAGAUAAAGAUAACAAUAAAUCUGGAAGUUCCUUCCCUAAAUUGGAUUCAAGAGAUUCAUGUGCAGAAGCACCUUCACCUUGGAGAAAUCAACCGAACUCUGCCCUCUUAGACUCAGGAUCCAGUUAUGAAUCAGUUGAUGUAGACUCAGAAGGUAAUGAAAGCAUGGGUGAAAGUAUACCAUCAAGUCCUGCUUCAAAUGUAGCAGAGGAUCAUGUUUUAUUGAAUGGCAACAUGUCUGAAGGUUGCAUUGGAAAUGUGGUUCUGGAUAAUAUAAACCAGACAGUUGAUAUCAUUCCUGAUUAUGUUUUCUAUCGUGAUAACUAUUACACGGGAUCACUGGUGCUUUUUUCCCCUAGUGGAAUCAAAAUUGAGGGCCCACUUGCAUUUGAUAAUGGGGAGACAUUUAGUUUUGAAAGGGAGAUUGAUGAUAUUGUUGAGAUUGCAUGCCAGUGGUCUCAAAGGAUGGGAUACAUAGUCAUUAAGCUACAAGUCUUAUCAAAGGAUGAUGUAGAAGGGGAAAAUUUGAGUGGCGCUUCAGGCAUUGAAGAAGUAAAAUUCUCAUCUCUUGAGCCCAACUGGCCUGAGAAACAGCAAGCAAUCACCUCAUUAAAUGUAAAAUUUAUGGCUAUAUGGGAUUUUGUGCUUGAGUAAGCUUCUAACAUUGCCUUGGUUAUCAAAUAAGUGUUCAUUUGUGGGACUGUCGGUAAACAGCAAUAAGUAUUCAUUUGUGGGACUAUUGGUAAACAGCACUUAGUUGUAUUCCUGCCAUGUUAAGUUCAUAGCAUUCUGGUAUUUAUGCUAUUAUUUACUUGCAAUCAUGAAGCCUUCUUGUCCUCUCGUGAUGUGUAUACUUAUUUGUUGGAUUUGUAACUCUACUGCCCAAUCUGAAUUCACUUUGUCAAAAUUUGAAGGUCAACAAUGCAACAACCUGCUAUACUUUGUUACCCCAUGCUUGUGUACCUAAAACUUACAUUUAGGUUGGGAUUCUUGGGAAGUGGAUAUUAUGAUCUCUGCCAUCUAUAGGUUGGAUAUUUGGUACGCUAUCAAGAUGUGUCUGCACGUUACUUCUGUCAGGAGACAUUUGUAGACUACAUCAUUAGAAGGUGGGCAUAUCACCCUAAACUUUAUCUUUUUAUUUAGAGGCAAAGAGGCACUGCUUAAUUAUAAGGGCCAAUCUUGUGGAAAUCCCAAUGUGACCUCGUGCUUAAGACUUGAUGACACGACACUAUAGACAUACUUUGAAUUGCUUUUGUCUACGGUUUUAUCUUGUGCUAUUACUAGACAUUUUAGUAUCCUAAGUACCCCUUUUUGAUGGACAAGCUCUCUUGAUGGUUCUCAAUAAAGGUUAAAAUAUGGG